AUGCUCACACGAAGUGCACUGUGCCCAGCGAGGGCCUUUGCCAACCGCUUCCCGCCUGCGAUACUCGCUCCCUCGUCCACGGCCGCAGCAUCCUCUUUCUCCACAUGCACACGACCAAACAAGCUCCAGCAACAACCGCGCAACAGCCCGACCACCACCCCUCGUACCACAUUUCCCAGCAGGCUGAUAGUACGACAUGCAUCGACUGCCCCCGCACAGCCCGUUGCCAACAACUCGCCCAGCGCACAACCCCAACUCACAUGGAACGCCUUCUUCGCCCUACGCCGCACGCGCCGGAGAAUCGGCCAGGCUUGCUCUGGAGUCGGCGCAGUGGGCGUGACCUAUUUUGGUCUCACCACCAUGAUUAACAAUGGCUAUGACGCCACGCUCUCAGCCCAACUUGGUGGUUUCGACCCAUUCAUGCUCAUGGGACUGAGUACCUUGGGCAUGAUGGCUGUCGGAUGGCUCAUUGGACCUAUUUUCGGCAACCAGGUUUUCAAUCUGGCUUAUAGGGGUGUGCUUGGCGAGUUCACGCGGAAAGAUUCGGCCUUCUUUAACCGUAUCAAGCGCCACCGCGUUGAUCCCACAGCGUCUUCAUUGGCGAAUCCACCCCCGGAUUACUACGGCGAGAAGAUUGGCAGCGUUGCUGGUUACAGACGUUGGUUGAAGGACCAGCGCGCAUUCAACCUCAAGACGGGCAGAUACCGGGCCACCAAGGCUUUGUAA